UCUGAGAUGCUCUUUGAGGUCUAUGAAACCGUCUUUAAACUCAGAAGCUUCCUUUUGGCUCUUAAAAAUGCUCCAAAAAUGUCUCCGAGGCCAGACACCGCCACACAGAACUCUCCACAAAGUCCUGAUGUUGAUGGCGAAGAGCCUUGCUUGUCCAUGGAGCAAGCGGGAAAGGAUCACGGUCAGCACCCGGUAGGUUUCUGUCACCGGGAGGUGCAAGUGCCCCCGACUCCGACGGCCAACCACAACCACGAGGAGCUGACCGAAGACGACCGAUUUAACAGCAGUCGUAUGUACCUGUCAGAAGUCCUGGAAUCCUUCAUGGCCACGCGGGAAGCCAUGCAGGUGCAGCAGAACGUGACGGUCUACGAGUCAUUUGGCACUUCCACCCUCCCCAGCAGCAUGGAGAGCCCCGUCAGCCCAGAGAGACAGCCGGAGCCCAGGCAGCAGUGGGAAAAGCGUAGCGAAUCAGAGGAAGGCCUGUCGUUUCCCGCUGCCUGCCAGCUUGUGAUAUCCCGAUGCCUCUUCCUUCUGCUGGGAGUCAGGCCUGCUUGGGUGGAGCCCAGCGAAGGGGAAGAUGAUCAAGCUGCGAACCCUGCUGCAAGGAGGUUAUCAUCAGAGUCUUUUACAGUAGCUCUGACUGGGAGGAAGCAAUUUGACCUGUCCAAAAACUCCCCUGGAUGUUCUGGGAAUAAAAUGGGUUUACCUCUGUGUUCCUUGGGCAUAAUGAAAGAAGCUUGGGAUCGCUUACGGCAGUGCAUCAGCCCCGUUGGCGCCAUGUCCCGCUGCAGCGACAACACUUUGCCUAUUCUUCACCAGGUGUUUCAGUUCACCUGUGGAUGCUUGGCCCUUCUACCGUCCUCACCAACCUUGCCUGGAAUACAGAGCUGUGGGCAGGCGGAUCCAAAAUCCAUCACUUUAGCCAUAAUGCACCAGCAACAGCGGGCCGAGAUGCGUCUGCAGGCCUUGUGUCAAAUGUCAACCUUCCUGUCCAAGAUGGAAGAGAAGAACACGCGAUCCUCAGCUCCACCGCACUUUCCUGGGCUGCUGCAGUCUGUGCAGCUCCAGUUUCUGUGUGGAUGCUUUGGCUUGGGAACACAAAUAAUAGGAUCUCACUCAGGAGCCGAUUAUGAGACCCAGCAUUACACGUGCGGCACAAAUGCAGCUUCUACGGAGACGAAGCGAGCGCUCAAAUCUGCAGCCCAUACCUUUUACCAGCAAGUGGUGCAUAUCCUCAAACUGAGAGUCCAGUUGGAAAAGGACCAUCCAGGCUCGUCCCAGCACCUCCUCCUUUCCACCAUUUUUGCACUGAAUUUCUGCUACCAGCCUGUGGAUCUGGUGCUGAUCAUCAAAUGUGGCAUCCUGGAAGUCCUCUCCAUGUUGACCAACAACAGCUGUUCACUGAUGAACCAGGGCUGGUUGGCUGCUUCUACCUCUGGAUCCAUGCUGCUCAGCGGGGCGGUCAAACUAGCCUGUGCCCGCCUGCUUCAGAUACUGACUGUAGCUGCGAGCUCCUGUGAGGAUUUUCUGCCUUUGGACGUUUCCCAGGCUCUAAUGGAGGUGAUGGGCGAGCAGCUUUUAAAUGUCCUGCAGAAUCUCCACCAACAACAGAUAGGAGAGAGAUUAGCGGCCGGGGGAGCCGAUCUGGACGCCAACAGCAGGAGCGCAAAACUUGAGAGCAGUAAGGUGACUGAAUCUCAGCUUGCGGAUUUGUUGGUGUUUCUGCGGCGGGUAUUGUCAAUGAGAGUAAUGAAAAGACUUUCCACCUUUGUUAAAUGGAUCGAACCACUCAUGGCUAUUAUUUCACCCAAGUGCUCUUCAGGGUUUCCAUGCUUCCAGAAUCUGCGCACUAAGCUCUUGGCCUUCCAUGUUUUAGAAAGACUUUUACCUGCUUGCUCUGAGCCAGUUCAGAUUCAGCAGAUUGUCGAGCAACUCUUCCAGCUUUUGUCUGUUUACAUGUGGGAGGAGCCACAUGCAGAGCGAAACUACGAGGAGACGAUUGAAAAAGAGGCCGGGAGUCCUGGCAAUUUUGAUGAAUGUAUCCCCAUCGGAGAUUUUUCCUUCGACCCAGACAAGAUAGUCUGCUGUUCUUUGGAGAGCGGCAACAUCCUGUCCCACGGUUCAGUUGGAAAAGGUUAUGGCCUGGCAACCACCGGCAUUACCUCUGGAUGUUUCAUUUGGAAGUUUUACAUUACCAAAGAGAACCGAGGAAAUGAGGGCACGUGCAUCGGUGUUUCACGCUGGCCCGUCCGAGACCACAACCACCAUACCACCACUGACAUGUGGUUGUAUCGGGCUUACAGUGGAAACCUGUACCAUGGAGGGGAGCUGGUCCGUACGCUUCCCUCCUUCACCCAGGGCGACACCAUCACCUGCGUCCUGGACAUGGAGGCCCAUACUAUAUCUUUUGCAAAGAACGAUAAGGAGCCAAAGCUGGCUUUUGAGGGCGUAGUUGCCUCUGAACUGUACCCUUGUGUUUUGUUCUACAGCAGUAAUCCUGGAGAGAAGGUGGCUCUGCGUGACCUGCAGAUGAGAGGCAUGCCCAGUAAUCUGCUGCCUGGAGAGCCUCUCUGCAGCCCCCGGACCAUCGUGCUGCUGGAGGCAACGGUGCAGCUCCUACGCCGGCUGCAUCAGUGUGAUCAGUGGUCCUCCCACAUCAACCAACACGUUCAUUCCCGCUUGGAGCUCAUCGGUGCCAUCCUGAGAGAAGACGACUCGGGGAGUUUUCAAGGCUUAGGCCUCAGUCCCCCCCAGACUGAGACGGAAGACACUAAAGAAGACAUAACUGGUGAAGACAAUGGGAAAUUCGCGGCCCAUCACCAGACCCUGUCGGAGGCCAAGCUGACUGCUCUUUGCGUGGAAGUGUGGCCUGUUCUGGCCGUGAUUGGAGGGGUCGACAGUGGCCUCCGUGCUGGGGGUCUGUGCCUGCACAAGCCGAGCGGCCGCAGGGCUAUCAUGCUCGGGGUCCUGAAAAAAGGAAGCUCUCUGGCUAAGCUGCAGUGGGAGGAAACGGAUUUCUCCAUCAGCUCCAUGAAUUCUUGGUCACCCAGCGACACUCCCAUCAUCUCACUGGAGCCGUGCGACGUGUCCUGCUGCGACGUCUCGCGCCUCGGAGGAGUAAAGCCGGCGGUGUUGUUGGAUUUGAUAUAUUUGAUGAGGCUCCUGGAGGAAGAGGGUUGGCAGGGGGCGUACCUGCCUCCCAGGAGGAAACACUCCGAGGAGAUGCUGAAGGAGGAGGAGACACAGUGCCGCCCGGAGGAGGAGUGUUCGGAGGGCGGGGCGUGGCUGUCUGAAAAUGAAAGGAAGAAGUCGAAGGAGCAGAGAGUCGAUACAGACUCAUCUCCAUCGCUGAACCCUCCGACAAAGGCAGCUGACUCCGAGGAGUUGUCCUGCCCAGCGCAACCUUUCCAAACGUCUCAGACGUCGAAAAUGGACGCGUUUGCACUUGAAAUGAGAGCCGUCAAGAUCUCAUACCUUCUUGUCGGAGGCUUAAAAUGCCUGACUGUUUUUUUCACCUGCGAAAGGCUGUCAGAUCUGCUCCUGGUGUCCAAGCACGAUCCUCCGAAUUCCCCCGUGGUUUCUUUGCACAGCCCCAUCCCUGACCAGGCCAAGGCGAAGAGCAAACAGUGGGACGAGCACGCCGAGCUUAGGUCGGUGCUGCAGUACGUAGUCCAGAGCAUGGUGAAGUGGGCGGUGAGGCCCUGUCCUAUCAAGCAGCCCGUGUCGCUCGCUGAUUUGGAGAGAGCUCAAGUCAUGAUAUACAGAGGAGCCCUGAGCAGACUGCAGGACGAAAAAGAACACAAAGAAUCCGGGCGCCACUUGUCUUCUCAGUCCAUCUCCAAGUCCUCCAGCUCAGUGUCGUUGUACAGCGCAGGCUCAGAAGGCACUGCCAUCUUCGGCCAAUCAAACAGAGUCUCUGCCUCUUCUUCCAGUAACGACCUGGCAUCCUCUUUGCCAACAAACCUGCAGGCCGAGGGACUUGAAAAUUUCAACCCUUUCCUUCCUAUCAGCCUCCUCCAGCAUGUGUUGCUAACUCGGUUCCCCACACUUACGGGCCUGGAUAGCGCCCCCCCCUUGCUGUCCCCGUGCUUCAGCUUUGCGAGCGCUGCUGCGUGUGAUGCCUUCACAGAGCAGCAGACCAGCUUCAUGGAGCCUGGUCCCUGCAGCACACAGGCCAGAAGCAGCCUGGAACGGACACAAAUGUUUGUCACCAGUCGUUUGCUAGAAAUGGGAUUCACUAUGAGACAUAUCUACUGGGCCAUGGAGGCAGCAGAUGUAGCGGGUGACUUGGAUUCUCAAACCAUCGAGGUCCUGGCUAGCUGGAUGUUAGAGCACCCCCUGACUGACGAGCACCAGGCGGCGGAGUCGCCCCGACUGGAGGGAGCCCCCGAAACCCCGUCCCCCGAGGGGCCGGAGACGGUGCAGUGUCCUGAAAGGCCCACCAACCAAACAAGUGAAAGCCUGUUGCCGGGGCUCGACUGGAUACAGAGGGAGAACUUCUUGGACGUCCACCUCACGAGGAACAGGCCUCCUCCUGCGCGGCGGCGGCGCUCAGGACCUACACAGAGGACGUCCUUCAGACGACCAGACUUGCCGCCGCCCAGCCCGCUGCCGCAGCUCCACACAGCCGUGGGCGACUGGCCGGAGCAUGUGGACUUCCAUCCUUUCUCUGCUGAGGAGGAGUCAGAGCUGAGUUACAUGGAUGACCUUUACCAUGAAGAGGCUUAUGAGGACCUCCUCACCCCUUCGUUCUUCAGUUUGGAGAGAGACACACUUCAGAUUGUGGAGGCUGGGGAAGAGCACAGUCAGAUGGUGAAAUGUGAGCUGUGCAACACCUUCACCCUGCAGUUCAACAAUCACAUAAAGCGACGACAUCCAGGCUGUGGACAAAGUGCGGCCCGUAAGGGCUACGACAGCACCGGCGCCUACGUGGACGUUUGGUUCAAAGGGGAGUGUGGCUCCAAUUUCCCCUUCUACCUCCUCUGCAGCUCCUGCAGGGAAAAGUAUCUGGCUGCUAAUGCAAGUGAUCCAAAUUCGAAAUAUGAAAGGAUCAAAGGUCUGACUUCGGAUUUGAUUGGCCAAAUGGACAACACUUCAGAUGACGAGUGGGAAAUGAGCCACCAAGCUGAGGAGGAUGCAGAUAAACUGACAGGAUUGGAGGAUUUUGGGCUCCUGCUGAGACCACUGGGGCUGACUGAGAAAAAGCUGGUCCCCGAUCCAAUUGUCUUUGCCGAACCAGAUCCUCUGGGCGCUCUAGUUUACAGCUCAUCCUGUCCAACAAGGGUAGCUUCUAAAGGAGCUGUGGCUGUGGACCAGAAGACAUCUCUGAGCCUUGGCCAGCAGGCUGUAUCUCUGAGGGACACCCACGACCGACUAAAAGCUUUACGGAGAGUCACGGCCACAGCUCAGAUCCUGCUAGCUUACAGCAUGGUGAUGAGAGCGCUGUCUCAGACCGCCUCAAGCGCGUCGGUGGGCAGCCAGUCUAACGGGCUGGAGUCCUUGGGGCUGGCGGACAUCCGGAUCCUGGUGCGUCUGAUGACCUUAGCCGCAGGGGGCCGAGCGCACACCUGGGUGGACAAUCCGCCAGGAGGGAGGGCCCUGGUGACGGAGCGCCACAAGUCUACCUGCUUCAGCUCUCUCACCUCAGCCAUCGGCAGCGUGGUUUCCCACAGCCCGGCUGCGUACAAGCAGCUGGUGGAGAUAUGCACUCAGGACCUAAUGGCCGCGGCUACCGGGGUGAACGUCGGCGCCAUCCCGGAACCACAGCAGAGGGCGACUUUAACAACUUCCACCCAAGCAGCCAUGCAACAGAGGGACCUCACCGACCCGACGCCUCCGACGUUCCUGGUCACACAACAUCUGGUGUCGCUGCUCACUGACAGGAACAGUCACUCUCACGGCACCGACAGGCCUGAACACGACGCUAACGAUGAAGGCAACCAAGGGAUGGCGUCCUCACCUUUGCCUCCUUCUCCUUCACCUCACCUGAGCACCAGAAUUGGCCCCCUGCAGCUCGCCAACGCGCUGGCAGCAUGUGUCCUUUCCGCGCGUCCUACCAGCAAGCACCGACAAUGGGCAGCGCAGCAGCUGGUGAAGGCCUUGGCUGCUGCGGGGAAAGAGAGUCCAAAUCGGCCCCAAACAUACAGCGACCUGGCUGGCGAUCUGCGCAAGUGUCCCCUAAAGAGACUCGAGGGCCAUUACAACAAGGUGGCGAGUUGUUCCUGGAGCAGUGACCAGGGUUUGCUUGCUACGUGCUCUCAGGACAAGGUGGUGCAGUUGUGGAGAAUCAGCCAAAGCACCGUGGAGUUACAGACCACCUUCUCCUGCAUUGUCAGUAAAACGGACCGGUCGGGCUCUGAGCGAGCAGGCAGAUGUCAGCACAUGCCUCCUGUGUUUUGGAGCACCGGGGGAAACUUUCUGGCGGCUCCUGAGAACAAACACAUCAACAUCAUGAACAUCCGAGGAUCUCUCUGCCAUGUGGAAGAUCAGAGCUCUCGGGUCACAGCUCUGUGCUGGGCUCAGAGCUUUAAUCUGUGGUUGCUGGACCAGUCCGCAGCCUCCAGGAACAGGCCUGCUGAGAGUCUGCUGGUGGGACGGCUGGAUGGCUCCCUCUGCUGGCUGCAAGUCACAAUGCAAGAGCUGGACCUGCUGGUGAAGAGAACCGACCUGGUACACUGCCACAGACAAGAGGCCCCUAACUGUGUGGCCUGGCACUCAGAAGACAAGCCGUUUGCUGUGGGCUAUCCCAGCGGGAAGAUCCUGCUGGGCACAACGGAGAGCUAUGAGAACACACAACCUGUAGUGUUGUCUCUGUUCCAGGACACUGUAAGUUGCCUCAAAUGGGACCCGACUGGGCACCUGCUACUGUGCUUGGGGAGGUCCGAGGUGGUGAAGGUACUGGGCCGAUCUGGGGGAACCUGGGUCACCCUGCACUCUCUGUACCACACCAGCACUGUUAACGCUGCAGAGUGGUGCCCGCUCGCUGGCAGAGCCCCCAAUCCCAGACUCCUGAUGGCUGUAGGUUGUCAGAAUGGUUUGGUGCAUGUUUGGACUCUACCACAGGGGGGUACCACCGUGUCUUUGCCAAACAUAUUGAACAGCCCGCCAAGCCAGGAUAAAAGCUUCGAGGUGAAGCAGGACAGUGCAAAGUGUGCCUUUGUCCUUAAGGGGCACAUCACAGCGGUGAAGUCCCUUUCAUUUUGUUCCAGCGGCCUGGCGCUGGUUUCCGGAGGGAUAGGGGGGCUGCUCAACAUCUGGUCUCUGCAGGAUGGGUCAGUGUUACAGACUGUUACAGGACUUGGCUCUGUCGUCAGCACUACGUGGAUACCGAAUUUAGGUGUAGCAGCCUGCUUUGGUAGAUCCAAGGAUGUCCUGCUGAUCUGCUGCACCCCCGACUGGAUCAGUGAAAACCACGUGCUGGCAUCCUGUCGGAUGGUCCUCAGAAGCCAGAGCAUCUUGGGCCUGAACCGGGCGCCAUGUCUGGCCGUCUUUCUGGAGCGGCUGCCGCUGUUGCUGCAGGAGCAGUACAGCUACGAGAGGAGCCACGUGGCAGCCGGAGAUCAACUCGUCCACAGCGCCUUCCUGCAGAACCUGGCCUCCCUGGCUGUUGGCUUGUCCUUAGAGAAGCACCUGUGCUCUCACCCACGGCCUCCGCAUCACGCCUAUGCCGAUGCUCAGUCCUGCCUGCCGGAGUGGAGCUGGCUGCUCACCUAUGCCACCACCGUCCGGAGUGCAGAGGCUAUCGCCAGCGGCACCGCCUUCCCUGAAUCCUUCAUCGUUUCUGGGCUUCUAGAAGUCCAAGACUCGAACGCCACCAAGGGACUGGACAACAGCAUGUGGAGCUUCAAAAUGGACGAACAGCUGAUGUCAUGGGCCACCAGCAGGCCUGAGGACUGGCAGGAAGGAGGUAACAGCGAGGUCUACCUCUGGGGCAACGGACGCUACGGGCAGCUGGCAGGAAUGGGAACCAACCUAACCAUACCGACAGUAGCUCCCUCCCUGUUACAGACGCAGCAGGUUGUCUGUGGUCAGAACUGCACUUUUCUGGUCCAGACCAAUGGGAAUGUCCUGGCUGUUGGUGAAGGGCAAUAUGGUCGACUUGGCCAGGGCAAUUCUGAUGAUCUUUAUGUUCCCACUAUCAUCUCUGCAUUUCAAGGCUAUGUUGUGACCCAGCUGGUGACCUCCUGCGGCUCAGACGGACACUCCAUGGCCCUGACCGAAACCGGCGAGGUGUUCAGUUGGGGAGAUGGAGAUUUUGGAAAACUGGGCCACGGCAACAGCGAAAGACAAAGGCGGCCCAAACAGAUCGAGGCGCUGCAGGGAGAGGAGGUCAUCCAGCUUGCUUGUGGCUUCAGGCACUCAGCCGUGGUCACAGCAGACGGGAAACUGUUCACCUUUGGCAGCGGUGAAUCUGGUCGUCUGGGUCUGAGGUCAACGUCCAAUAAGAUGCUGCCUGAAAGGGUGGCUGCGCUCGAAGGAUAUCAUGUAGGGCAGGUUUCAUGUGGUCUCAACCACACGUUGGUGGUAUCUUUGGAUGGAAGUGUCGUUUGGGCAUUCGGAGAUGGGGAUUACGGCAAACUUGGAACCGGUUCCUCCACCGCAAAAUACUACCCUCAGAAAGUGGAGCAGCUUUGCAACAAGAGGAUCAAGAAGGUGCGCUGUGGGACUCAGUUCUCUGUGGCACUGAGCUGUGACGGACAUGUUUACACUUUUGGCCAAGAGCGCCUGAUUGGUCUGCCCGACCCCAUGCUGAAGAAUAAAUCCACGCCGCAGGUGGUGCCGUCCCUGGAGGCGCUUUUUAUAGACGACGUUGCUGUGGGCUGUGAACACGUGCUGGCUCUGGCCUCCACUGGAGACGUGUAUGCAUGGGGCUGCAACAGCGAAGGACAGCUUGGUCUGGGACACUCCAAUCAAGUGAAGGAGCCGGUGCUCAUAACCGCUCUGCAGGGUAAAAACAUCAGGCAGAUCUCCGCUGGCCGCUGCCACAGCGCAGCUUGGACAACCCCUUCUGUCUUGAUGAAAAACUCAGGUGGCUCUGGACAUUUGCAGCUGGGCCUUCCCCAGUCGGUUCCUCCACAGUACAACACUCUGAAGGACUGCAGCCCCGACGUCCUCAGCAUGCGCCUCAGGGUGCUCUACCACUUCUCUGAUCUCAUGUACAAGUCCUGGAGGCUGCUCAAUCUGGACACUAAGAACCAGAUCUCCAGUUCCCGCUAUUCUUCAGGGGCUACAGCCGUCAUCCGGGGUGAACUCAGAGGUCUGCUGUCCCCCAAGGUCAACACUCUGCCUCUCGUGCGCUCAAUCGGCCGGACCAUGACCCAGGGCAAAACAUAUGGGCCACAAAUCACAGUGAAGCGGAUUUCCACAAGAGGACGCUCGAGCAAGCCCAUCUUUGUGCAGAUCGCGAAGCAGGUGGUGAACCUGAACCCUCUGGAGCUGCGGCUGCCAUCCCGAGCCUGGAAGGUGAAGCUGGUUGGGGAGGGAGCUGACGACGCCGGCGGAGUGUUUGAUGACACCAUUACUGAGAUGUGCCAGGAGCUGCAGUGUGGUGUGGUGGACCUCCUGAUUCGUACUCCCAACAGCUUUGCAGAUGUGGGAUGCAACACCGAUAGGUUCCUGCUUAACCCGGGGGCUCACUCAGAGGAUCACAUGGUACAGUUUCGCUUCUUGGGUAUCCUAAUGGCUGUGGCCAUACGCACCAAGAAGCCUCUGGACUUACAUCUGGCUCCGUGGGUGUGGAAGCAACUUUGCUGCAUGCCGCUGGCGGGAGCCGACCUGGAGGAGGUGGACCUCCUCACCUAUCGCACCCUCCAAGGCAUCCUUCACUUGGAAAACAGUGGAAUCACGGCAGAUAAUUUCCACGUGAUGAUCCCUCUGGAUUCAUUCAUGGCCCACAGUGCGGAUGGAAGGCUGGUACCAGUGGUUCCUCGAGGACAGAACAUCUCCCUGACAUUUUCCAACCGCACUGAAUAUGUGGAGAAGGCUCUGGACUACAGACUGCAUGAAAUGGAUUCGCAGGCGGACGCCGUCAGAGAGGGCAUGUCCACCAUCAUCCCCGUCCCCCUCCUCUCACUGCUGACGGCGCAGCAGCUGGAGCAGCUGGUCUGUGGCCUGCCGGAGGUGUCCGUUGAGAUGCUGAAGAAGCUUGUGCGCUACCGGGACAUCACGGAGAGCCACCAGCUCAUCCGAUGGUUCUGGCAGAGCCUGGAGGAGUUCACCAACGAGGAGCGCGUGCUCUUCCUGCGCUUUGUCUCCGGCAGGUCCAGGUUGCCUUCCAACCCGGCCGACAUCUCGCAGAAGUUCCAAAUCAUCAAGGUCGACAGGCCCGUUAACGGACUCCCUACUGCUCAGACCUGCUUCUUCCUGCUCCGCCUUCCCCCCUAUACCAGCCAGGCGGUCCUCGCUGAGCGGCUGCGCUACUCGAUCCACAACUGCACUUCCAUCGAUAUGGACAACUACAUGCUGACCCACAACACGGAGCCAGCGGAGAACUCGGACACAGAGGAGUAAAGCUGACGGCCGCCGGGUCAUGAAUGUAUCUUCUCCGAUGCCAUGCACAUUAUGCACUGAACACAGACUUUUAUUUGCCAAACUUUGAUGGUAGCGUACUGUUUAUAUGUUGGUUUAUUUAAGAGGAUAAAGGUGUUGUUUUGAUUUUUCUAUUUGUGCAGUGUAAUGAUUAUGGCAGUGCUACUACAGGAAAAAAAAGACUUAGACUUUUAUCAUUGACGGCGACUGAGCCACCGUACGAGAAGUAUAACGUGCCUGUUUGUUUGAGAAUAUGUAAUAAUGUGACAAUUUACCACACUGACUGUAGUUAUUAUUAUUUAUUAAAAUAGAGAGUUUAAAUAAG